AUGUGUCUUCCAACUGAUUAUUUGGAAUUCAUCGUCAACAUAGAGUAGAUCCUCAUAUUAAUGGGAGGCAUGGGUAGUUUAGGCUAUACUAUAAACUUAUAGGUUAAUUCUGACAUCGCAAUAGAAGAUGAAGUAUAUAUUUGUCUGAUUUGAAGGAAUAUUCCUAUGGAUAUGGAAAAGGUGUUCUGGUUGCUUUUUGGAUUAUCUCUUCUUCAAUGGCUCUAAAUGGAGUAAUUGGAAACUUCGCAAGAAAGAAUAAAUUAGGUUGUCUUAUAUUAAACUUCAAUUUGAUAAAUAUUGCAUUAUUUACUUGGAUUUAUUGGUCUUAUGAUUACAGGAUAUGUGUUGGCAAAUGGCAUUAGAAAUAUAGAUUAGGUUAAUUAUUGUUCAAAUAAUCCUUCUUUAUAACAAACUUGGGAAUUAGGGUAGAAUCUUUUAUGUUCAUCUUAAUGUCAAUGCUACAAAUAAUUUAAGUAAUUUUAUAAAUUUUAAUUUAAUUUACUACUCUUUGCUUUUUUAAAGGUAAUAAUUUCGAGAACUAAACAAUUGUUUCAACUUCUUGA